GGUUUUGUUGGUUUCUGAUGGUCAGAAAGGUCUUUUUCUUUUAUGUUUUUUAAGGGUAAUAAAAAGGGAUGAUAAUUAUUUAGGGGUGAAUUACGUGUUUUUUACAAAAAUAUUAUAAAAAAAUAAAAAAUAAUCAAAAUGUUAUAACUUUCUUUUUAUUUACCAAAAUAUAUUUUUUAUUUACCAAAAUAUAUCAAAAAAAACCUGCAAAAAAAAUCUGCACCGAUGUGACGGCACGUUGGUCACGCCAAAGCCAUUGGUGGCACCAAAGGUGCCAAAACUAUUGGCGGCACCAAUGGUGCCAAUGCCAUUGGCGGCACCAAUGUUGCCAUACUGAUUGGCGGCACUACUCGUAUUAUAAAAACGAGCUCUGUCCAGCUUAAGGGAGAAAAAUCAGAAGAAAAAAAAAAGAAGAAGAAGAGGUGCUGCGGAAAAGAAGAGAAAAAGAAGAUUAAAUAUUGAAGAUGGAUGCUAAGUUUCUUGUAUGCGUUUAUUUCGAUGGAGUCAUCUUGACAACAAGUGUUGGAUGUGUAUUUGAAUGUCGGCAACAAAUAGCAAUGAGAUUUAAUAGAAAUGUAUCGUUCGAUGAAAUGAAGGCAAUGAUUAAUGCAAAAAUUCAUAGACAUUGUGGGAGAAGGAUAUCAAAAAUUUUCUACAAGUUUCUAGUUUCGACAAAUCCGGUCAAAUUCGUCGAAAUGAAACUUGUAGACGACGAAGACGUGGAGACAAUGGUCGAUCUCUACUGUGGGAAUGGGAGUGAGAAGAAUGCACCGAUUCAUUUAUUUGCUGAGUUAGUCGGUAUGGAGCAAAAUGAAUAUGUUAAUGCAUCUGAUGAAGAAGACGGGACUGAAGAAUCGUGGAUGGUGGCUCCAAUAUCAUACGUUGAUAGUGAAUCAACUAUGGGUGGGAUCGGUAUCGACCUGAAUAUUACACCCGAUGUUGACAUGGUUGGUGGUGAAGAAGAAGGUGGUGGCGAAGAAGAAGGUGGUGGCGAUCAUUGGGAUGAAGAGGUCGAUAGUGACGGUGAUCCUGAUAUGGACGAUGUACCUGAUGAUAUUGACAAUGAAGAUGUCAACAACGAUGAAGGCAUUAACGCUUCUUCAGUCGGCGAGCAGAUGCGGCGUAUUUUGAUACACAAUAAUCCUGGGCCACACAUGUCGCUCAUAGACCCCGACGCAGCGUAUGUAGCUGAGUUUCCAGAGUACCCUGAAAUAGUUCAUUCUCACGGGAUGGUCGUAACAUCUGAUGAUGAUGAGUUAUUCAUAGGCUAGAGAUUCAACUGUAAAGAAGAGUGCGUAUAUGCCAUUAAACGGUACAGCAUGAAGAUAUCGAUGGAUUAUAAAGUCUCCGUGUCUACUCCGACAGUAUAUGUUAGGGAGUGUUGGAAGGCAGCGGAAGGCUGCAAUUGGCGGGUACGAGCUGCAUUCAUUAGAAGUUCUCAGAUGUGGGAGAUACGAAAAUUUGUUGGUCCUCAUACAUGCACAUCAACACAUAUGACAGAAGAUCAUGGAAAACUUGAUUCGAAAAAUAUUUGUAUGUGUAUCAUGCCAAUGGUGAAGGACAUGCCGACCAUUAAAGUUUCGGUACUCAUUGCGAAAAUGCAAGCACGAUUCCAGUAUCAAGUCUCAUAUCGGAAGGCAUGGAUAGCUAAACAGAUGGCGAUGGAGCAACUGUAUGGGGAUUACGAUUUGUCGUAUAACGAGCUUCAAGGUUGGAUAAUUGCUAUGCGGGAGUACGUACCGGGGACUGUGAUUAAGUUACAAACAAGUCCAUAUUACGGCCCGGAUGACCAGUUACAGCUGGCAAAAAGGAUUUUCCAUCGGAUGUUCUGGACAUUCGAUCCAUGUGUGCGGGCAUUUUCCCACUGCAAGCCACUUGUGCAGGUUGCUCAAGACGGUAACAAAAACGUGCUCCCGAUAGUAUUUGCUAUCGUAGAUAAAGAGAACAUGGAGUUUUGGGAAUUCUUCCUCACAAUCUGCGGAGGUAUGUUAUUAGGAACGAUAACAUUUGCAUCAUCUUCGAUAGAGGGAAAGGUUUAAUUGCAGCUAUUAGGCGUUCCGGUGUGCCGUGGAGAUCCGUUUACUACAUUCGUCACAUUGCGUCUAAUUUCUAUAAAGAUUAUAAGAAUGCAGACUGGAAGAGACAAGUCGUGGCAAUGGCGUACGAGUUAGAGCCACAUAUUUUUCGGCAAAGAAUGAUCCGACUUGAGAGUGACAUGGAGGGGCAGACAAACACAUAAUUCCAACAAUGGUUGCGCACAAUGGAGCCGUGGCAGUGGGCUCAAAGUUUUGACGAGGGCUUUCGUUAUGGCCACAUGACCACAAACUUAGUCGAGGGGAUCAACGCUGUCUUGUUGAAAACACGUCAUCUUCUGAUUGCAUCGGUAUUUUCUGCUACUUUUUACAAGCAAUCGGUAUUUUCUACUGCUUUCUACAGGCUGGCUACUUUGAUGCCAAGAAUGGGUCAGCAGCAAGUCGGCCAGAUUCAGGUGGGACAUGUGUUUGUCGAACAUGUAAGGGAUGCAAUGGUCGUAAACCGUUGGUUGGCGAGGUCAAUGAACGUGGAAAUAUAUUCACGGCGACUGGAAACAUUUCGAGUUACUAAGAACAUCGGUCGUCGACCUAGGUCCUACGGAGUUGAUCUCCGAAACAGACGGUGCGAGUGCAGGAGGUUCGAAACACUUCAUUAUCCCUACGCGCAUGUCGUGGCAGCGUGUGCUAAAGUGAACCUUGAUGCUGAACAAUAUGUCGAUGAUGUGUACACAAUGGAGCACACAUUGCGUGUUUGGGAGAAUGCGUUCCCCGUCCUGGCGGACCUAUCUACGUGGGAGGUGCCGCUGAUGACUUUCGAGCUUCUCCGAGACAGAAGGCUACGGAGGAAUCUAAGGGGUUGUCCGCAGUCAAGCAGAAUCCGUAAUGAGAUGGACAUUAGGGAGAAAUCUGACGAAAAACAUUGUGGAAUAUGCAGGUUAAGUGGUCAUAGCCAGAAUAAAUGCCCUAACCGAUACUUUCAUGUUGGACAGUCGUCCGGAUCAGGUCGAAAUUGAGCUAAUGCUGUAAAAUUUUGAUGUAUAUUGUUAUAAAAAGUAAUUUAAUUAAUAAUAAUUUUUAUUA